AUGAGCCGAUUUGCUGCGUUCGCUGCCAUCUUUUACAUCUUGUUCGUCGACAUCACAGGGUCGUUUGCGACCAAAGACAGCAUCAAGGGCGUCUCGGAAGAGAUGUUCAACCCGAGCAACCGCUACUCGCAGUCGUACAUCCUCUCGUUUGUUCAGGCGCUCGUCACAAACAACCCGCUGCCAAUGAACGCAACGACGGUGCUGCCGCCAGGAGCUGCGAGCCUUCUCUACUUGGACGCAACCGAUCCAAGCAACCAUUCAACACUCGGCUUCAACCGUGAUGGAUGCCUCCAACCGCUGAGCAGUGACCACAUUUACACGUCAUCGUACGUCGCAAGGGUGCUUCCGCUCAUGCUUGACGGCCAGAGCUGGCAUUCAAUCAACCUCACGGCCGACUGGGUUCUCGUCGACUGCAGCUUCCAGGGGCGGACGCUCGGAGAUACGACGGCAUUCAAAGUUCAUGUUGUGGACCGUCAGUUCUCGCGGCUCACGUCCAUUUUCCUGCAAACGAUGAUGAUCGGGCACCCCUUACAGCAGUGGAGUGCGGCCUGUGGCACUGCAACCAUCUCAACGAUGGACCUGUCCACCGUGCGCUGGCAAGACGGUGCGCUGACUUCGUCGCAGGAGGCCACGUACGAUGUCAUGGUCGGCACAGAGUUUCCCUAUGUCGACUACCCAUUCGACUAUGUACGGCUGCUCAACCCCGCGAGCCGGUCCGGGGCGUGGGAGGCCGUGAUCGUAGCCACGGGUGAGCCCGUGACGAUCUCGGGCAGCACUGGCACGUACCGGUACUCGCCGCGCACUCAAGGUCGAUACAGUUACUUUGUGUGGCAGCUCCCAACGAACCCGAUAUCGUAUCUGAGCAACAUCCAGUGGGUUAACGUUGUCUAUACGGUCGACUCAUGGGCGUGGGUUCGAUACAUCUUGGACAUGGGCAUCAGCCUCAUCCUCACCACCGAUACCGUCGUCGGUGUCAUUGCGUCGUUCAAUAUCUACCGCACCCAGCGCAUUGUUUGGAUUCCCGACGUCUACCCGGGCAUCCAGGCCGAAAUCAUGCUCCGGAGUCUUCUUCUCGUUGCGAUCUGCGUCACGACCGACUGGUGGCACCUCUUCGAGUACUGCAUGGUCAAGUACACGGCGCGACAGUCAUGGGGCUACACCGAGUUUGUCCUGGACGCCGUCGUCCGCUCCGAUCUCCAAGUGCUUUUUCUCGCUCUCUUCCAGCUGAUCGCGAGUCUUCUGGGACUCCGCCUUCACGUCGCCCUCCUCCUGGCCAUCUACUUUGGCUGCUACACGUCGUGCGACGCGAUCAUUACCGCCUGGCCUCUGCAAGCCGAGGCCGCAUCCGCUUGGCUCUACCACAACUACCUCCUCAACACCCUUGUGGCCAACGGCGGCAUGGACAUGUGGGCCUACCACGAGAACUACGAGACGUCCUGGGCUGUCAUGGCCGCCCAACUCGUCUGGUUUCUUCUGGCGCUCGCGAUUGCCACCUCGUAUGUUGUGCUCGCGGUGGUGCAGACAGGGUACACGCGCCGCCGACGUGCCAACGUUGUCUCUGACAGCGGCUCCAUCGACGGUCUGUCGUCGAUUUCUGGACCGUCGAGCCGCCACCUCUCAUUCACGCUCAUCAAAAGUAGUUUCAAGGCCGCCUUUGACGCAAACCGCGUCUUCAAGAUGAAUGUCAAAGCGACCGAAGCCACCAUAUUCGAGCGCCACGUGCGGCGGGACCAGAUGACAACGUUUGGGCUGGUCGCGCCGCUGACUGAUCACGUCAUCAUCGACGACGUCGUUCACGCGUCGCGCUCGCUCGUUUGGCUGCUUGGCUUCGUGCUUCUUGCCGACGACGUCCUUCUAUUCAUUGAAGAUGUGCCGAAACUCUGGCUCAACGCGCUUUUGGCCCGCGAUGUGUUUGCAAUUUACGGCUACAAGCUCAACGAGACGAAAGACUCGAUUGCGCCGCUGCCCGAGCGCAUCUCAGCGGUCUCCUUGCCGCGCUUGCGCUCCAAGACGUGCGUGUGUCUUCAGCUACCCAAGACGACCAAAGCGCAGCUCAAGCAGCUCCAGACGAUCCAAUUGUCGUGGCUGCUCGACCGAGCCCGGCGAAGCGUCCUAGCGCUCUCGAGCCUCUUCGUACUCGGGAGCACGUACUGCUAUGACAACCCUGGCGCGCUCAAGACGCAGCUGCAGCAGCACUUUGGCCGCAUCCCGCGUGCCGAGUUUGAAUUCUAUUUCAACCUCAGCUACAGUCUCUACUCGGUGCCCAACGUCCUCUUGCCUUUCUUUGGCGGCGUCCUCAUCGAUACGUACGGCGUCUCGAUCAUGGCGCUAUUGCUGGCGUCGCUCAUCCUCGCCGGUCAAGUCGUGACGGCGCUCGGGAGUUCGUUUGAAAACAUCUACCUCCUGCUCGCUGGUCGUGUCCUCUUUGGCCUUGGCGGCGAAACCAUGUGGGUGGCGCAGACCACAUUUGUGACCCACUGGUUCAGCCCCAUGGAGCUCGGCUUUGCAAUUGGCAUCAACAACUGCGUCGCGACGCUUGGAACGCUUCUCAACGACGUGUUGAGUCCGUGGAUCGCAGCCGCCUUUGACGUGACCUUUGCCCUCUGGACCGGCAGCUUUGUGUGCGUCUUCUCGCUCGUUGCAACGAUUCUCUUGGUGCGACUCGAGGCAAGGGUGCCAUCUAGAAAAGCACCACCAGCUGCAUCCGUGCGUCUCUGGGACCUGCGGCACUUUAGCCUUGGUUUUUGGCUCAUUGCGGCGCUUUACAUUGUGGUGUAUGCGUGCACGGGGCCAUUCACGAACGUGGCAGGCAGUGUCCUCCUCGAGCGCAACUACUUUGUCGAGCCGCCGAUGCACUGCCGUCGCUGUGGCCUCGGCGCGUACACGAACCGCACCUGCGAGACGCUCGCGCCAUCGUGCCCACAGUCGCCGCCGUGUGCGUGGCCGCUGCCGCAGCUCGCAUCCAACUGCUCGAUCGUCUCGGCGUUCGACCAAUUCAAGUGCAAGAAAGGCCCACCCUACCUCCAAGACGAUCAGAUCAACUGCGAUGCGACGGCGUGGCGCCAUGGGCCCCUUACGCACACCUACUGCAGCAAGAAGAUCGACGCGACCGCCAAAGCGACGGCCAUGAUGGCCAUCACGCCGCUCGUGUCGGCUGUCUUUUCGCCGCUCAGCGGCAGCCUCGUCGAUAGCCUCGGGGCGCGCGCGGGCUUGGGCCUCGCCGCCGACGUAGCAAUCGCAGCGAGCCAUUUGCUGGUGCGCUACACGACCAGCGACGUCGCUCUCGCCUUGAUUCUCUCAGGGAUCGGGCAGAGUUUGUUUGCCGCCGCCAUGUGGUCGGGCAUUCCAUUGGUUGUGGCGCCGCGCUACGUGAGCACUGCAUUUGGUGCUAUCACGUCCCUCUCGAAUGUGGGCCUUGCGACCGUGCCGUUGAUUGUGGCGCAGGUCUAUAGCCGCCAUCAGCACUACCUUCCGUCGGUGGCCAACGUGUUUGUGGUGCUCAGUGCCUGCGGCGUCGUCCUCGGCCUCUGCUUGUUGGUCGCGGACGCCGCUGUCUUGGGUCGCGUCUUGAGCCGGCGCGAGUUGGCCGAGGACAGCGCCAGUACCGAGCGCCUAUUGGACGCCACGGACCUCGAUCUGUAACAUCAUUUGUGUCACUGCAGCGUCAAUAUAUGGCCAUCGUCCCGUCG